AUGAAGGCGUUUGGGUAUAUUUUUCACAAUGUAAAUUUAACAUCAAAAGACAAUGACUUGUAUGGUACAAAAAUUGAUUUUUCAGCAAUUAAGACUAUUUACAACGAAGAUAAAAAUAUAACAAUCAAGAACACACCGAAUACUAAAAACUAUAAUUUUGGAUUCAGUAGUGAUAUUACUAAAUUUGUUAUUCCAUCACAAAUUGAAGUUCUUAAUAACUGUGAUUAUAUAAAAGAAUAUAUCAAAGAAGUUGAUAUUUCAUUGGUCAUCGAAAGAGUCACCAAAAAGUGUUUUAGUAAUGUUAAAUUACUCCAAAGUGUCACAUUUUCAGAUAGCUUAAAAAUUAUAAAAGAUGAAGUCUUUUACAAUU